AUGGCCGUGGCGCCAGCGGCGUUGCAGACGGCGCCCCCGACCCAAACGACGAAUACGUCGACGCAUGCAGCGUUCGAGGCGCAGCUGCAGGAAGCACAGGCGCUUCUCAAGUCGGCAGAGGAUCGGGCGGCGGUGGAGCUCGGCACAAGGCUCCGUAUCGAGGACCAGGCGGCGAAGCAGCGCGAGGCGGCGAAGACGGCGGUGGAGCAGCGCGAGGCGGCGAAGACGGAGAUCAAGCAGCUCAAGGCGCUUCUCAAGUCGGCAGAGGAUCGGGCGGCGGUGGAGCUCGGCACAAGGCUCCGUAUCGAGGACCAGGCGGCGAAGCAGCGCGAGGCGGCGAAGACGGCGGUGGAGCAGCGCGAGGCGGCGAAGACGGAGAUCAAGCAGCUCAAGAAGAUGCUAGAGAGCGCAAAGUACGCGGAUGUGAACGCCAUCAAGAAGAAGGUACGCGAGUGGCACGCCAACUCGAAGGCGUGGUGGCUUGAGCCACUGCCAGAGGAGGUGAGGAAGCAGCACUAG